UUUCACGAUGAACGUACACACGCGCAAUUAGCCGAGGCAAAAUUAGUAUGAAUAAAUUGAGUUUCGGUUGCUUUUAAAGUUCACUUCGUUUGCUAUCUACUAUCAAAUUUUGAGCGUUGAGCGAAUUUCUUUUCGGGUUGUUCUGCUCUUGGGUCAAUCUUCUCUUAGACCGGCCUCCGUGUAAUUUAGCGAUUGAGGCAGUAAUUUGGUGUUGAUCCGGGCGUGUAAAAAUGUGCUGCUACUUUCCGGGACUGUUCAAUUGACCGACAGACUGACUGUCAGAAAACUCCAAAAUAGGCAAUCGUCUAAUUGUGCAAUACUGACUAAUUUUCAAUUUGAUUUAGUGAUAAUUUUUGAAUUGGUAGUUAUGAUUGGCUAAUAUGACAUUCUGUCAUUCAGUCUUUCUGCAGAAAUUGAUUCUCCUCUAUUCGUUCACUCUUCGUUCACUCAAUUGAUUUGCCUGUUCAGAUACUACUACAGGCGGCGGCAUUUCUCUCUUUCUCUCCCUUUGAAGUAUUUGUGUCAUGCGGCGGCCCCUUUCAUCUCCCCUACUCUCUAUUUCUCUCCUCCAACUUAUUGCACUACAAAUCGCCUAUCAGCGCUGCUGACCGAAUUGGUCAGUUAAGCCGACGGGAAUAUCUGUAGAAACAUGCUAAAAUAUGUUAUAAGGCAGAUAAGUUCGCAAAAACAACGGUUGAUAAAUGCCCUCGAAGACGGAGCUAUUUCCCAAAAUUACGAAAAAUAGACUAAAAAUCCCUGGUUUUCGUUCAAAUGACAGAAAAAUCUGCUGAAAUAUGUUAUUUUCCUUAAAUGGUGUAUAAAAUUUUUUGACUGGUGGCAAAUGAGUCUGUAGGCUUAAUAUUAUUUAUGCCAAUUAGUGAGUGUCUUUUUGUAGCCAGGCAUUGCCUAGGUCCAUUUUAUCACAGAAUCGGACGGAACAGAGCCGAAAGAAGAGCGAAACAGAACCGAAUUGAAAUCACAAACCACCAACGCCAGAGAUAGAGAAUAAAGUACAGCAGAACAAAUCAAAUCAAAAUAAAUCGAGUUACGCUCAACGACUUCAUAUUCGAAUACAUACGCAUUUCAAUCAACACACCUGAGCAAGUUUGCAUUCUCUUCAAAAACUUGAAAGUGUUCCUGGGAAAACCGACAGUACUCAAAUCUGAAUCCACGGAAAUUUUAUUUUCUCUCUUCUCUGGCCCAAACGUCGUUUUUCAUUCAUUGUUUCUGAAUCCAGUUUGUUAUAUUCUUAAUAUAAUUAUUAGUUAUAUUAUUUUCAAUGAUCUUCUUCCCUAAGCGUUUCCAUCUUGGAGUUCAACUAUUCAGAAUCAGAACUGGGAUUUUGAUUUACAGCCAAUAAUAAAUCUGGACCUCGAAAAAUCGUAACAAUCAACAGUUUCUGAUAAGCGAUCGGAACAUACGAGAUAUAUAAAAAUCGUUUACUUUCGGUUACAACCACACUGAAGUUUUGCACAAUUCGUAUUAUCGACACUUUUUAUUUGCGAUCAAACUUCCGUUUUCCUAAUUACCUUAUUUAUUCGAUUAACGUUACCCGCAGUAAUUUGCAUUCAUUAGGAAAUCAUUUUCUUUUCAUCUAAGCUGAAAUAAAUUAUUCAAAUUUUCCUAGAAUUCUUUUUCGUAAAAGAAAAGAAAACGAAUAAAGCCAAGAUUUCUAUUUUAUUUGACCCUAAAAGUAGCCAAUCCUGGAAUUUGAAUCAAUCCUCAACUUGGUUGUGUUUCUCUGACGAAAAUUUCAGAAAAUAAAUUUUGCCUGAAGGUUUUCUAAUCCACCUUCAGUUUAAAAUCAGUAUUUCUGUCGGCACUUUUUAUUUCAUCUCCGUUACCCCACUUGAAAAUCCCCCAAAAAAUCACCACUCUAUAAUUCUCUUUUUUUCCUGUGAAUCGACCUAUCCGCUAAUUUCUCAUUUUUCCUUUAUUUUCCCACUUUUCUCCCCUUUCAUCUCAUUUUUUUCUUUUUUUUUGGGGAUCUGUCUCCAAAUUAUUUCCUAAUUACACAAAAUGCACUUGAAAAAGAGCCAAAAACAAAGCAGAGCUCUCAUUAGUUAAUUAAUAUUUUUGGAACUUCAAACUUGACUUAUAGUUUUAUCCGCCCGGUAGACCUAAGUUCUUGUUAUAGCUAGUCAACUUAUUGACAUCGAGGUGAAAACAGGAAGAAAACAAAAGGAAACUAAAUCAACAAAUCACUCAAGCAUUUUCUUUUGAAGAGUCGAAAAAUAAUUUGAACUUUAACAAUUAUAAUUUCAAUUAUCUCCUUUCGAUUCUUCGCUCAACUUAAAAUUGAAAAUUUGUUAUUAGUUAACAGUUUCAAUUAGUUUUGGUUAAAAACUACCGCUAUAAUUCACUAUAAUUUGGUUACAAAAGCUUUAACCGACUAAAAAUUUGGAAAAAACGCUCGUUUUUUGAGAUUCUCGUGUCAGAAACGAACGAUGCCAGAAAUGUGCUCUAGUUCGUUGCCUUUGACGUCAUCUAAAUCGACAACCAAUCAGAAUGCGACCUCAUUAGCCAAUCAAAAUGCAGCAAUUAGAACGAAUAACAACUCGUCCCGCAACACAAACCAACAGUGCAGCACGCGGGACGCAGCAGGCCGACAACAAACCACCCAGCACGACGACGGAAACGUCGGCCACGCGACUCAUAACACGACAAAUAACAGACCGAGUCGUCCCGAGAGCAGCUGUUCUGGCUCGGCGGACUCCUCGGGCGGGGGAUCCGAGAGUGAAGAUUUGGGCUUCGGCGACGAGGUCAUAAGCUACAAAGACGAAGGCGAAACUUUCACAUACCCGACUGAAGACCAACUUCAACUAAUAGCCCAUCACGCUUCAAGUGCUCAAGCUGACUCGUUGCAAGAUAUAAAAAGCAGUCUAAUCAAUGAGCACCCCCCGUCAAUUGGAAGGGGGGCAAUCACACCUCCCGUGCACCCUCACUCGCAUUUCGGCCAGGGGGCAAAUCUGGCCAACAAUAACAACCACCUCAGCCCCGCACAGAGUGGCAAUAAUACUUCAAGUCAAUCCGACUCCCAUUCUUCCAGUGGCAAUAGCAACAAACAACCAACAGUCCCCCCGAUCAACUCCCAGAACAACAACACAAACAACAAUAACAACAACAGUAACGCUUCUUCAGGACAGACAAACAACAGUGAACAGUUGAGUGUGAAUACGAAUUCAGCUGGACAACAACAUCAACAACAAGUGUCAAACUUCGCAUCAGCAGCACAGGUGGCGUUAACAGCAGCCAUGUACAGUCAACUGACGGGGGCUGAGUUGAGUGGCAACCCCUACGUGUCCACAUCAGUAGCAGCAGCAGCCUCAGCCCAACAACACCAGAACGACCUCGACUCCAAAGCAGGUCUCAGAAACGCGUUCGGGCCUGCAGGCGCAGGAGGAGGAGUUUACCCAACCCCCACCUACCACGACUUUGCCCUAGGCCCUCAAUGGGCAGCUGCAGCCGCCCCCUCCCCCGCCGGGAUGAUGUUCCAUGCAGGUAUGCACCCCUCAGCCUACCAUCACGGCGGUCUACCUGGAGUCCAUCACAGGGCAGCAGCUGCGGCCGCUUUCCCCUUCUACCUUGGCAUGGGGGGACUUAGUGCGGAGGAAAUGGAUAAACGGAAUAAAGAACACGCGGCAGCUCUUGUGGCACAUCAACAACAACAGGUGCAGGCAGUGGCGGAGGAGCACCACAAACAACAACAGCAGCAGAGCUACAGACCCUAUGUGAAGAAACCCCUGAAUGCAUUCAUGCUAUUUAUGAAGGAGAACAGAGAGAAGGUGAUGCAGGAGAGCACUCUGAAAGAGUCAGCUGCUAUCAAUCAAAUACUCGGCAGGAAGUGGCAUCAACUAGACAGGAAUGAACAAGCCAAGUACUACGAGAUGGCCAGACGAGAGAGGGCCAUCCACUUGAAACUCUACCCUGGCUGGAGUGCUAGAGACAACUACGCCAUGGGCAAACACAGGAAGAAGAGGAAGCGACAACAGCAGCAGCAACAGGGACAUCCGCUCAAUCCACAUGUACAUGCACAAGGAAUGGGAGUGGGAGUCCAUCCUCAAAUGAUGGGAGGUGCCACUAUGCAACAACAGCAGCAGAUGAUAGCCCAGUCUCAGCAGCAGCAGAAUCAGAUGCACGCUGCUCUGGGAGGUGGGCUUGCCCAGCAGAACAUGGGAAAGGGGGUGGAAUUCGAAUCAGAGCUAGACAAAAAAUGCAGAGCCAGAUUUGGGAUGGAACAACAGCAAGCAUGGUGCAAACAUUGCAGAAGGAAGAAAAAGUGUCAGUUUAUGAUCAAAACCGAGGAUGGAUAUCAAGUUAGAAUUAGUGACUCCCUCAAUCAAUCUGAAAACGAUGAGGGGGAGGGGGAUAGUGAUGAUCAAUGCUCAGAGGGGGAGGAGUGUUUAGCAGCCGAACGACAACACCAACAAGCACUACAACAACACUACCCCCACCCCCACCAAACAAUGGGGGGACACCUCUCUUCUCCCCCUUCUUCCCAACAUAUCAAUUCAUGCAGCCAACAACAGCAAAACAACAACAAUAACCAACUCCCAGCCCCGACCGACAUGACUAUAAACAAAACAAACAACAACAAUAACCCCUCAAACCCAACCAACAACAACAACUUGUCAUCAUCAAUUGCCGGUCACCUAAAUAGUAACAAUAACACCUUGGAUUCUUCUCUUGGAAACGGAAGUGGCGGGUCCCCGACGGGGGGAGUUUCGGCUCAAAUGGCCGCAGCUCAAGUCGCCGCCGCGGGUGUUCUCCUCGCAGCCAAUCACAGCAGUUUAUUACCCCACCACCCGAAUUCAAUUUCAAACCACGCAGCUCAACAAAACUUGGCACCAUUUUUCGCAGCAGCAGUUGCAGUUUCGGGUCAGCAUACCGGGGGAUACCCGCCUAAUUCAGCGGCCGGAGGCAUGGGGGGUCUUCCGUUUUCGACGUCGUCUGCAAAUCAUCAUCAAUUUGGCUCAAAUGCGGGCGGACUCUUCUCCCAAAAUGUGCAUUCCGCUGCUACAAACUAACGAAAAACAGCGAACGAAAAAAAAAUCCGUCAAAACAGUUUGUUUUGUACAUUAUUUGGCUGCGCCAGUUAUUAGUCACUACGAAUAGUUCCGAUUACAUAACCCAUUCGAUAAGUACGUGGCGUAUUACCACUUUCGUAAUGAUGUCUGAUGGGAUUACGUAACAGUCAAUGAUUCGUUUAAUAUGGUCUGGUCACCAACUGUCAAAUAAAACUCACUCUACUUUUUUUCACGUGUCCUUUGUUCCCAGCUGUCAAUCAUUCCACGAAACUAGCUUCAAGUUGAACUCUCCUGACCUCAAAAAUGCGCAUUCAAAUAACCGAAGUUCUUUCUCGGCAGAAAAAUACCAAAACUUUUUUGAAUGAGAUUUUUUUAAAUUCUCUUCGAAGUAGAAGUUAGACAAUUUAGAUGUAAAACUUUGAUGUUAUUUUUUUGAGCUGAAUAAGCUGCAUUUUCAUUGCUUUAUCUUAAAAUACAGAUAGAUGAAAAAACAUCAGUACAAAAGAGCUUUAAUUUGGUGCAAAUGCUUUAAAUUCAUUAUCCAGCGAGUUUAGUUUUUUCUCGAUACUCAAAAACCAGCUGCAAAUUUAGUUCAUGUUUUUGUGUCUCUGCUUUUCAAAUAAAAUACGCAACUUUUUUGACUUAUUUUAUAUAUUUCAAACCGAUAGCUUUAUUCAUUAGUUUAAUCAUAUCAAAUUUUACUGAUGCUUUUACAUGUUUUGCUCUAAGUUCAAACCUCGAUUAUAAUAACUAAUGAUAUCCUAUAGCUUUAUAAUUAAUAAUUUAAUCUUUAAAAAAACAGUGCUUGAAAUUUGGACAUUGCUUUCGUAACUAUUUCUAUGUACAAGCUUUCUAAUGUCACUCAAGUGUAAAACCCAUUGCACUUUUGUGCAUUAAGCUCAAAUCAGUGCAUUAAUUACGCAAUAUUUUGAAAACAAGUUGCUGCUUUCAACCAUUUUGCUAACUUUUUGUUUUUAAAAAAAUUACUUUGAUGUUUCUUCGAAGCCAAAAUAUUCUCAAAAGUAGCUAACUUGUUUUCACAGAAAAGGUGUCAAAAUGUGUGAUAUUUUUGACUGCUUUGCAAGAUUCUCGUAAUAUCUCUAUCCGAAAAUAGCUUUCAAAAAUCGAAUCAAAUAGUUCUAUCCUUAACGUUUCUCCUAUUUCUCGUUCGUUUUAUUCUUUGUCGUUUUUUUUUGUAUUUUAGAUAAAUCUAAAAAAACUACCAUGUACUGUAAUACGUAUAUGUAUUAAUGCGUAAAACUCCUAAAAGGCGCUUUUAAAUCUGGUUUCGUCAGCAAAUUGAUUGAUUAAUUAUGCAAUAUACAAAUAUUUUUGUAAUUAAGCCUCAAAAUCA